AUGUCCAAGUACGAAGCCAAUGUGGAUAUGGCCCGACGACGACAAGCACAGCGCGAGGCCAGCGCUUUACUCAGACAAACCAAUCCUGCACACAGGCUGAGGUUAAGAAUGCAAGACAUGUUACUGAAACACGCUUGGAUUCGUGAAGAGUUGCCUUGGAAAACUCACACACCAAUCCUCUAUCCUGAGAAAGUCGAGCACGAGUGUUCAUCAUGCGUCGUCACAAGGCAUGGCGGCUUCAAGAUGUGGUGGAAAAGGAACCCACGUCCCGAUCAAGAUGACAACGAGCUCUACAAAUGUCACAAGUGUUAUUUUACUGGUCCUGAGGCAAUGCCAGAAGGUUACGAGGAUAUCAAAGAACCAAUAACUAGAGCACUGAAGGCCCGGAAGAUCGAGCUCGAUGGACCGAAUUCUAUACCGCAAAAGAAAAAACAGGGAAGACCACGACGACCGAGUUGA